CUAUGUUUGUAAGCUGAAGAACUCCUUGUAUGGACUUAAGCAAUCUCCGAGGCAAUGGUACAAGAGAUUUGACAGUUACAUGCUUGAGCUGGGCUACAACAAAAGUCCAUGUGAUUGUUGUGUAUAUCAUAGCAAGGCAGAGGAUGGUUUGAUGAUAUAUCUAGUUCUGUAUGUUGAUGAUAUGCUCAUAGCUGCGAGGUUGAAGUCUGAUAUCCAGAAGUUAAAAGGGCUUCUUAGUGCUGAGUUUGAGAUAAAGGAUUUGGGAGAUGCUCAGAAGAUCUUGGGUAUGGAGAUUUACAAGGACAUGUUGAAGAAGAAGAUUUUAUUGUCACAGAAGAGCUACAUCCAGAAGAUACUAUCGAGGUUUGGCAUAUCUUCAGCAAAGCCCUUAAAUACUCCUAGUGCCUCAAAUAUUCAUCUAUCCUCAGCUUAUGCACCGCAUUCAGAGGCUGAGAAGGAGUACAUGUCAAGAGUCCCAUAUGCUAGUGCAGUAGGUAGCUUGAUGUAUGCUAUGGUAUGCACUAGACCUGAUCUUGCACAUGUUGUUAGUGUUGUCAGUAGGUUCAUGAUACAACAUGGGAAGAAGCAUUGGCAGGCUGUGAAGAGGAUCUUCCAGUACCUUAAGGGUACACCUGAUGUGGGGAUUGGCUUCGGAAGUGAUGCAGAGUGCUUGGUGUCUGGGUAUUCUGACUCGUACUAUGCUGGAGAUGUUGACAUGAGGAGAUCGAUGACCGGUUAUGUAUUCACUCUUGGGAGUUCUAUAGUGAGUUGGAAGGCAACUUUGCAGUCGACGGUGACAUUUUCUACUACUGAGGCAGAGUGUAUGGCAUUGACAUAAGCUGCUAAGGAGGGAAUAUGAUUGAAGGGACUGGUUGGUAAUCUGUGUCUACAUCAUGAUCAGGCAGUGGUGUAUUGCGACAGUUUGAGUGCAAUAUGUUUGGCCAAGGAUCAAGUCCACCAUGAGAGGACUAAUCACAUCAACGUGAGGUAUCAUUUAUUGAGAACAGAGAAGAGGAUUAAGAGCUUCCUACUACAUUGUGGAACUCAACAUUGCGUGCACAAUAAAAUCUGACUUCCGCUUGAGGUGUUGUAAAAGCUCCCCAUAACUUUUCCUGGCAGGCGUGUAUAUUUUGGCACACCGCUCCUUCCACAUUAACGCCACAUACCAGCACCACUUUACUCCUAUGGACAUGUCUCCCUGAUAUACUGAAUGACAGAGCUGCUGCAACAUCUCUUCCCAGUUUGUAGACCAAGAAAUACUGGGGAAUUAAGGCAUGUAAAAGCACCACAGCAUAAGGAUAACUUCAGAAGAGAUGGUCACGUGUUUCAGAUUCACUCUGACAUAGUAGAAAAAUAUUAGAUUCAAUGACACCCCAUUCCUUAAGCUAUGCUCAAGUCCCGAUACGACGGUGUAUAAUCAACCAUGCCAGAAAUCGAUGUAUAGGAAUAGUAAACUUCCCUCACCAAGCUAAAUACCACAACACCUUUUGUUUCCGUGGUCAAAUAGGCUGCCAUACAACUCUGAUAGAGAUUUUUUCCAGCAAUCUGCCUUCCCAUGUGACCUCAUUUCCUUCUUGCAAUAAUCUGUAUUGAAACCACGCCCUCAGCUUAAGAAGCUUCCUCCACAACCAUGAUCAUGUUUGUGUCUCUGGAAUUAACCAAACAUACCUCCCUUUUAACCUAUGCUUCUCAAUCCAGGCCACCCAAAACGAUCCUCCACGCAUAAGAAGCAUCCAAAUCAUUUUGCCUGCACAAGCCACAUUCCAUGUAUACAAAUCCCUCAAUCCUAAACCCCCUUCCUUCUUAGAUAGACAUAUCAGGUCCCAAAUGGCUUUUGCCCUUCUAGUACCCUCACCAUACCAAAGAAUUUCAGAACAUAUUUUUUGGAUCCUUGUAAUGAUUUUCUUGGGCAACAUGUAGACUGUCAUCCAGAACUGCGUUAUAGAAUAAAGGACAGAAGAUACUAACUGCAGCUUACCAACAUAUGAUAGCUUGUUGGCACGCCUAGAUCGAAUCUUGCUAGUCAGUUUAUCUAUGAGUAGACUGCAAUCAGCACUAGACAAGGAUCUAGACUGAAGUGGCACGCCAAGAUAUUUCACAGGUAGGUAGCCUUCUUUAAACCCUAAUAUGCACAAUGCUAUCUGUUUUGUCCUCUCCUCCAUUCCUCCAAAAAAUACUUCACACUUGUUUGGAUUACAUUGAAGCCCUGAAAUUCUAUAGAACAUAUAAAGCACAUUUCGUAAC